UGGGAUGGUGCUAAAUUUGGGAUCAAUAAUGUCAAAGAUGGCUUCUUCAUCACACACGCUGAUGUGAUCGAGAUAAUAUUAGGAGACAAGUGUUUAAACAUCUCCAUUCUACAGCUAUGGCUUAUGUUUAUUCAUGAUUGGAGUGCGAGCAUUGGUUAUGGACCAUUGUAUGGGUUCCUUGAACCUCAGUGUAUCCACAAUGCAAGCAGUAGACGUCAAGAGUGUGAAAAUUACAUUGGAAGGUGGUUGAAGGAAGCAGGAAAACAAAUUUACAUAGCACCUUAUUUAAACCAGGCCCAUUGGCAGCUCGUUGUAUUGUGCCCAGGCGACAAUGUAGUGGUUUGGUUUUGUUCUUUGAAGAAGAAGCCGGAUGCUGCCAUCAAGGGUGCAGUAAACAGUGCAAUGAAAUCAGUCACCAAAACUGCAGAGGGAAAGCCACCUCAGCAUGGGCCUCAGUGGAUUGAAGCAAAGGUACAUGUUUAUUUAAAUUCCAAAUGCCAUAUGGAUGUCAUUUCUGUUUGCGUUGACUGAAUUCACAACGUAAU